CGGACCUACUGGAUCGGAAGUCCUCCCAGUGUGGACUGGCCCAGUCCGUAGCUGGGCGGUGGGAGCUGGACCGGCGCGGUUGGCGCGGCUGGGGCCGGCGUGGGCCAGUGCGGCCACUGUGGCGUUGGGGCGGGCGCGGGUGGCGCCGCGAGAACUGGCGCGGGCCACUGCGGCUAGGACGGCGUUGGGGCGGGCGGCGGCUGGAGCGACGGAUGGGCCCCGGCGAUCGCCGCGGGUACCGAGUACCAGGGCAGGUACAGCGGCGGCGGGGGCCCGCCGGUGUAGCCCGCCUGGAACGGCAGCAGGGGCGUCCCGCUCGGGCCCGACGUGUUCUGGAUCGGCCAGUGCGUUGCCGGGUGGCUGUAGGCGGGGGGCGCAGCCGGCAGGGCGGUGUGCAGGGCGACCAAGUACAGGGAGAUGCCCUGGACGGCCGUCACGAGGUCCCGCAGGGUGCUGGUCAUCUCCUCCGGCAUGAAGAUGGAGGUUGUCGGCGGCGCGGAGGUGAUCGGGGCCGGCGGCGUUGGGGACCCGGCAGUGGUCAUCGGGGCGGUGGUGAUGAUGGGCAGCGGCGGCGUGAGUGUUGAUGACGACAUGAUCGAACCCGAGUCUCUGGAUACCAAAUUGGUAGAACCAGGGAUCCUACCGAACCUACUCCGUAGGUUGUAGGGGAAGGAUGGAGGAGGGCGCGCCGGCGGCUGGGCGCCGUCGCGUAGGAGGAGGAUGGCGGCGGCGGCUAGAGUUAGAGGCGGCUAGGGUUCCGGCUCCUUUGAGAGCCGGGCAAUAGGGAUAAUAAUAUUCUUAUUGCUUAAUUCCAAAAAAAGUCUUACAGCCUAUAUUUAUAACCUAGAUAACUUGCAUAAGAAUUAACCUAAAAUAACUUGUGGACUAAGAUUGUCCGGUGGGCCUAGCUAAACCGGCCAUAACAGCGAUCAUUAGUUUAUUUUCUUCUUUAGUGCAAUAGCAUUGGUGGGUCCAAUUGUUCUGAAAACAAAACACGGAAGAACCCAGCAGCAGUAGUGGCGUAGCACUGCCAUCAACUCAUCGCAAAUGUGGCUUUGAGGGUAGCAGAAAACUAGGAAAGUAGCACAGCAACAAAUGGAACAAAACAGGAAAACAGCUACUAAGACCAAAGAAAUAUCCCCAAAAUAGCCACAUAUCUCGAGAGCUGUGGGGGUCCUACAAGACCAGCAAUAAAGCAUGCAGGUGCUAAAGCGUCAGUGCAACUCCAACGCCGGUCAUCAUCUUCUUUUUUCGCGAAUACGCAACGGCUUGUCUAUCAUUUGAAAAACGCCGAUCAUCAUCAAACUGACGGCACCAUAUAUCUGCCGACGCGUCCGACGUGUCCGUAAACGGUAGGCAAGGCACCGAUCAUCUAACCAGAGGCACCAAAUGUUUGCUCCUGUGUUGUCGCCAGAACUCGCUGCAGUCGUCGCUCCCAUAUCGCCGCCGGCCUGACCUUGUCGAUGAUAGUCGAAAGUCUUCGUGCACGUGCCCCUAAGGACCAGCGCCCCGGAGCUAUAGUCGUCGCCGUUGAAUCCUUAAAUCGAUCUGAAGAACCUGAUAUGAAAUAUCGCCAUUGCGUAUACACGACAAGAAACCCUAACCUCGCCGCCCCGAGGAGCUGACAGGAAUCUACGUCGGAGCUCCGUCUAAUCCGUCCCAAUGGACGAACUUGAGGAGGAUCGGAGCCCGGAAGAUUAACUCGAAGAAGAAGCACCGCUAUUCGUCCAACCGCCGCCUCUGCGAGGACUAAAACCCUACCUAUCUACUAGCCGGAUCUGAGGCACCAGAAAUCCCCUCCCCCGUCACCGUCCGCUAGAACGGCAGACGAUGGGGAGGCGAAUCCACAGGUUUGCCGGUGAAGAUCGAGAGAAGGAAAGCUUUCGCUAGUCGCAUUGCAAGAGAGGGGAAAGGAAAAAAGUGGAACACAAAUACCUACUCGGUCCCUUAACACCAUACCUAAUCCAGCUGCACCGUCACCACGACAUAAUUUCAUCGGUUGAAACAAAAUUUUAGAAAUGACCAAGAUUAAUUUAUUUGACACAAUGUGAACAUUUUAUGAUAAUCCUCUUACCAUUUUCUUACAGAGCGAAUCACGUAAUGACAGAAAUUUUGCAACGAGCCAACGAGCGGGGAGUUCCCGAGAUUCCGCGCAAAUCCUCUCCCCAUUUCUCCGAGAUCCCUCCCACACAGAAACGAAGCACACGCAGCCGACUAUCCUCCACAGCCAAUCCGUCGCUAGGGUUCUGCCGCCACGACCCGCCGGCGCCGCGGUCGCCAGAGAUGGACGCCGCGGAGAUUGCGGUGAAGGUCCGCGCCCUCGAGGCCGCGCUCGCCGCCAAGGCCUCCCGCAUCUCUGACCUGGAGGCUAGGGUCUCCCUCCUCGAAGCCGAGAACACGCGCUUCAGGAAGGCCGUACCCAAUGUACAGUCAAUGGAUCAUUCAGGCGACCAGGGUCCAACCUUCCGCCGAUUGGACGAGGGUUUCGGCGGAAACAAGCAAAACUCAGUGGGAUGCCAUCUGGUGAAUGGUUCUGCCGAGGUCAGUGACGGCGGGCCGGAGGGGAUGGCUGUUGGCGUCGCCAUUAGGAGUAGCGCGGAGGAGAGCCUUCUUGCCGGCACAGUGCCGCCGGUGACUGGCGAGAGCGGCGGCGAAGAUGAGAUUGAGGAUGCUGAUGUGGGUCUUGAAGACGAUGAUGUUUCGAUUAUGCCUAGAGGCAACAAGCGUAAAGCGGUGAUUACCAGCGAUAGCGAUGACGAGGACUGGAAUGGCAAGGAUGGUAAAGCGCAGGAGAAGUUGGGUGUUACACCCAGUGGAAAGCGUUCGUUACGUGGACUCAGUGAUGAUGAAGAUGAUGCUGAGGAUGUUCCAGAGCAUGUGCCAUGUGUAGCUGAGGCAGGGAUUGAAGAUGAGGAUGAUAGAAUUGUCAUUCGUGAAGUGGUUCAGAAGAUGAGGGACAAGAGGGGGAGAGGAGAUGAUGAUCAAUUAGGUGAAGAGUAUGGGGAGAGUGAGGAUGAUUCAGCAGAAGCCAGCAGUAUGGAAGGAUUUAUAGAUGAUGCGGAUUGUUCAGAAAAUUAUAAUGAAGAGCCUGUUGAGCCAGAAGAGUCUGACGGUCAGGUGAACUAUAAAGAUGUUAUGGAUGAGAUACGUCGCAAAAGGAAUGCUAAUGGUAAGGGCUGGGACUACGAGGCAGAGAUGCUCUCAGCAUUUGCUGAACAGGAUGAACUUUGCUUGAAAGCUGUAUGCGCUCUCUACCGAAAGCAAACUGAGGAAGAACAGUCAGUAAAAGCCAGCAUGGUGCAUAACAGACAAGGAUUUAGCCAGAUGGAUGCUGUUAGGGGAUCUCACAUAGCAGAGUUUCUUCUGGAUGGUGAUGCUCUUGGACCGCCUAAGAAAACUGUCGAUGAUUUGCAAAAAUACAAUCCAGAUGCUCUUGAGUUCUGUCGGAAGAUCGCUGCUCAUUACUCAAAACAGCUUUUUGCGAUAUAUCAGAACAAGGAGGACCCCUACUUCCCCUGACUGGUAAUGCUAACUCCAGAUGCUGACCUUUGUGUGGCCCUUGUAAUAUUUUGCAUACUCAAGCCUGUCCUAGUCAUUUUUUGUGUAUAUA